AUGGGUGACUUUGAUCUAAAUGAGGCACUUGCUUCGUUAGAAAUGUUGAUGUCUGAAUUCUUUGCACCUUCUACAAAUAACUUCAGAAAGAGAGAAAUAGAGAGUAUUCUCGAAAAUUUUUCUAAUGGAAGAGGUUCAUGGAAGCACUGUUUAGUAUUUCUACAGAAAUCUCAGAACCAAUAUGUUUUAAUGUUCAUUUUGACUACUUUGGAGAACAUUAUUAAUAAACAAUGGAUCAGUUUAUCUGACAAUGAGAAGACAGAAAUACGGCUCACUCUAUGGAAUGAAUUAAUGGCAAAACAUGAAGUCAUGUUAUAUUUCAUCAGGAAUAAACUUGCUGCAUUAAUGGUAGCAAUUGCCCGUUAUGACUGGCCACAUUUAUAUCCUGAUUUUUUCAGUAAUAUUGUUGAGCUUAUUAAAAGCGAUGGCCGCCGAUGCGUGUUAGGCUUAAUCUUAGCACAGAUGGCAAGUGAAGAAUUAGGAGCAGCCCGUGACACAGGUGUUUUAUUACCUUCAGCUCGACGUAUGCAACUUGAACGACUCAUGUUGAAAGGAAUGCCUCAAAUGCUAUCUGCUCUCAGUGAAUUACUGGAAAAGAAUGCACAGAAGGAAGGACAGUCAAAUCCACCACCCUCACCUACCAGUGGAUUUCCGCACACAUCUGCUCUCCCAGAUUUAUUAGCAAAUGCUCAUGAUGUACAUGCAUCUGAUAAGGCUCUUAACAUGGAGAUCGUAGUUAAGUGUUUAACUACUCUACAACAUUUGUUCUCAUGGCUACCUUUAUCAUCACAUGUACCACCGUCAUUGGUAACAACAGUGUUUUAUUGGGGCAGUAUAGCAACACAAACACAGAGUACCGAAGCUGCAUUGGCUGGUCUGGGUGGCGUCUGCGAGUUGCUCUACCGUCGAUAUGCACCUCCAUCAUCUGCAACGACAGCGUUACGACUACACCAUUGCUCGCUUCGUUUGUUGCGUCAUCUAACGCACGCCGCGCAACACUCCAUUUAUCAUGCACAUCAUGAUUACUUAAACAAGCUGGCGGAGUUUUUGAAAUUAUUUGUCUCUCUGCAUUUUAAGAGGCUGGAAACAGAGCCUGAAUUUGAUGCAAUCGAAUUUUUAUCUUACUUAUUCCAAUACACAUUCCAGGUUCCAACAUGUACAAUUUUUGUAAACUGCUUAGAUGUAUGGAUACAAUUUAUAGACAUUCUGAAGCCUGAGGACACUACUAAAUAUUGGGAAGCCCUUGAAGCUCUUGUAAAUGCCGUAUUGAACAAAAUACAAUUUCAACACAAUAAGGCGCAGUUGCAACAUCUUGACAAUGACGUGUGUGAUGAUGACGGUGAAACUGAGUGGCAAACAUUCCUAAAACACUGUAUUGAAUGCAUUGCACGAGUUGCAGAUUUGGCGCCAUUGGAAGUUUUUACAUCUGUGCUGGAGCGAUGGCAGUGCCUGGUGGGUGUGUACGCGCGUGCGGCUGGGCGUUCUGGUAUGGGGGGUGUGGGGGGAGCGGCGGGAGGUGAGCACGAGCGCCUGCUCGCCGCGCUGCUCGACCUCGCAACUCUCACGCGUCUACUGGGGCGCCUGGCGCCCGCCUUGCUUUCUGAGGCGGAGGGCGAGCGGCGCGCGGCGGGCGCGUCGCUGCUGGAGCGCGCGGCGGCCGCGUUAGCCGGCGCCGCGCUCGCGCGCCCGCACCGCGCGCACGCGCACUCGCACGCGCUUGCGCACGCCUUCGUGCAAGUGCAUGCGGAAAUGUUUGCAUGUGUGGGUGCAUGGUGCUGCUAUGCGACUGAAUGCAACGUGCCGAUCCAAACGAUGGAAGGGCUUUUUAACUCCGCUGUGCCUUUCUUAAUACCCCAUGAAAUGGCCGAGCCUCCAUUACUUUGCCACGCGGCUGCACAUCUUUUGCUAAGUUUGUCUAAAAACGUAAAGUUCUCUACAGAUCCAAUAAUAUUGGUCGGCGAUCUGUAUAACCAUGCGCAACGUUCACUGCACUACUUGGAACCUAAGACGGCGGGCGUGGUUCGGGAAGCGUUGUUGGCGCUGGUGCUGGCGCGCGGCGCGUCGUGCGCGGCGGGUGCAGGCGCGGGCGCGGGGGGUGACGCACCGCGCGCGCUGCUGGCCGCGUGGGCGGGCGCGCUGCCGCCGGCCGGGCCCGCCGCCGCGCUGCCGCCGCUCACCGCCCUGCUGCACGCCUUUGCCGCAGCGCCCACGCAAGCCAAAAGGAUACUAGCGGAAGGAAUGCAAUCAGCCGCAGAAACGGCUCUUGGAAUGUUGUGCGAUUCGACGUACGCCUCCGCGGAGCCCGAGAUAACUGAUUUCUUCCUAGCCUUAUUCACUGCUCUGUUGCAGCAAUUGGGCAACUUUACGUACACGGCGAUUGAAGUUUUUCUAGAAGUAGCACAGAAGGGCGACAGCGAGGCGAGCUUGGAGCGCCUGGUGGAGUGUGUGCGCCUGGGCGUGGAGGCGGGUGGUGGCGGCGUACGUGUGCGCGCCGUGCUCGCGCUGCUGCACCAGCACGUGCUGCCGCGCGCCGGCCCGCACGCACCCGCACUCGCGCGCGCCGCGCACCGUCUGCUCGCCAGUGUUUUAUUGCAUCGUUGGCGCUACUUCUUCCCCCAUAAGUGCGAAGGCACUGAAAGUGCCCGCCGGACGAGCGAGUUACGCGGCGCUUUAUCAGCGCUCGGGCAGGCAUUACUCACUGAUGACAUAGAGUUAUUGCGCACCGCAUUUUCUACUCUCGAUCUCCUCAACACUAAAUGGAAGCUCUACCAUAAGGUUAUAUUCCGGUCGGAGUUCCUGUUCGAGUUCCUGUCGGUGGUGAUAUCGGGGCUCGCAGCGGGCGGAGCGCGCGCGCUGCUGCGCGACGAGGCGCUGGCGGCGGCGCAUGCCAUGGCCUGCGUGGACUUCGCCGCCUUCCGCCUUUCCUUCCUGCCGCGCUUCCUGCACGCGCUACCCGGCCUCGCUCCGCACCACGCCGCGCACCUCCAGCAGUUCCCGCCCGACACCGAUCUGCCAUCUUUCACACAAAAUAUUCAGCGUUUGAUGAACGACGUGAAUUGUUAUCGAGCAUAUCAAUCUUUGACUUCUGCGGAUAAUAUGGUCGCUUAA